AUGAAUCAUUUUUGGUAUUUUUUUGCGAGGAGCGAUUCCAUGGCGAGCGUUUAUUCCGGAGCCGGAGAAGGACGAUCCUGUUCGGUACCGGUUAGGGGAGAGGUUGAAUUCGGUCUUCAGUACAAUUACAAAGCGGGAGAUUUGGAAAUUCACGUGAAACAGUGCAAGGAUUUGGCAGCCGUAGAUGCGAAAAGAAAUCGUUCUGACCCGUAA